AUGGAGGCUAUGGCGACGGCGACGGCGACGGCGACGGCGACGGCGACGGGGCCGGGGGAGGAGGCGGCUGAGGAGAAGGAAGAGGCGGAGGUGGCGGAAGAGGGAGGCAGGAGGAGGAGGAGGAGGAGAAGCGAGGCGAAAGGAAGCCGUAGGGUGGCGGUGAUCUCGGAAAGAGAGACGGGGAAGGAACGAAGCCGGCGAUACCGACGUGCCCAGCCAGCGAUCCUACGCUCCCCGUCGUGGGUAGUCAAUUUUCGCAGCGGUAACAGUUUCGAGUGUGCAACAUUUCUGACGAGUCUUCUACUGGGACAAGGAUACAAUGCGUUUGUAGUUUUUGGUUAUGCGUCCCGCGAACAAGUUCGAUGCAACAGAACUAAAAUCACUUGCCCGUAUUUACCGGAAGAUACAAAAGAAUUAGAAGCACCGGAAGAACCCGACGUUAAUUUAAUAUACAAGUUGAAACCUCCUGCGGAUCUUAGAAGCAAAUUCUUAUUAAAACUGGACGCCAGAGAUAAACUUAAACUGGAAACUGAAAUUCAACGGGAAGAAGAAAAGCAAGCUAGGAUCAUAAUCGAAUUGGAAAAACCACCUCCGGAUAAAUAUUAUGGAUAUAGAGUUCACGCUUGGGUCGUCGUCUUACCUGCUCUUAAUAACAUGAAAGGAAAACAAGUUACAAGUCCAUUCUUUAUCGAGCCCUCGUCCGGAGAAACGUACGAUCUGACCGAUCCUCGAACCAAUCUUUUGUACCUAGGUGUAGAGAGUAUCUGGAAUGACCAAAAUUAUUGGGUAAAUAUGCAGCAGGAUUCGAUCGGAUGUGACAAAAUAAAUUGGAAUUUAACUCUGACCGAGUUAUGGGAGCAUCUACUUCCCGGCGAACCAUGGACUAUGCGUGGCGUCGAGGACGAUGUAGUCGAAGAAGAUGUUAAAAUAGAACGGGAGAAACACUUAGAUAUGCCCAGCUCUUACGUGAAAGAAAUAUACAUAAGUAGUUUAGAGUUCGAGAAGCGAUAUCCGCGUGGUCACAAGACGAUAUUUUACAAAAAAGUUAAAGUAGACUUGUAUGCCCCUUACGUGCAGUUGGACGGAAUAAUAGAAAAAAUAACGAUAUACGACGAUUACGAAUAUACAACUCCGAUCGAAAUUUGCGAAAAAUACGCCAAUAGGAAUGAUAAUUUGAUACAAUCGCGACGAAACUUGAAUACUAACUACAUUGUCGAUCGUUAUGAAAGGGGUCGUCCUGACGCAUGCAAAGGUAAUCGUUAUCAAAUACGCUUUCUUUCGAUCUUUUCUAAUAAUGGAGAAUUUUCAGAACAUCGCUACUACAACCACGAAAGUAGUCCAUUCAUAUUCAGCGAAAGGACGUUAUGUUUCUACGACAUGGUUCGUAUCGAUGGAUUAUCAGAAAUGCAUAUGUAUCCCUACCGUUUAACGCAAUAUUACGUUAAUCGCGAGGAUCUCCUGUACUAUAGAAACGUGGAGUUUUCGCCGGAAAAAGGUGAAUCUACGGUAGAAGGAAUACAUUAUCGUUAUAUUCACACGAUAACCGAAAAAUAUCAUAGAAACGAUCUACUACCGCCGUCCAAAGACAUCGCCGUACGAGAAUUCGUUUUAACGGAGAAAGAGAUACAUCUCAAAUUUCAUUACGAAGAUGAAAAAAUCACGAGAAGUACGCGCGUAUACAAGAAGCCAGAAACAGGAGAACAUCUCAAUAUUCAUACUGCCAUCAUCGAAGAAUACAACGCAAAUACCACGUCGCCGCCUGAAAAAAACUUGCAUCUAUUUUACGAGAUAGAAAAGUUACUAAAGGAAGAAGACCGAUGCAUAUUUAAUAUCAGAGAAGCCGAGAAUGAAAUUUCUUCGUUUAUAAAAAAACGAACGAGUGAAUAUUUAAGUCCAAACUUAAUGAUUUCUUCGUUCGAUAGAAACAGAAUUGAAACGGGAAAACCUAUAAAGGUAUUUGCACGAACGAGUCUUAUGUACUACUCGCGUACAAAAUAUACUCAUCCAAAUUUUACGCAGGAUACAGCAUCAAUAUCUUCUUUAGAAAAAAUUAUAAAACCUGCUGAUCACUUAGCUCCGUACUUGGCACGAAUAGGAAAUCCAAAGCAAAUAAGUAAAGCUCAAGCAUAUCUGUUACGAGAAGAUUGUCUAAAUGAUUUUAAGCAAUCGGAAGUGAAUAAAGCGAAUCUUAUUUUACGCGAAUCUGAGAAACUUACAGAGAAGCUAAAUGAAUUGCAAACGUUGUUAACGCAGAAUGAAGAUUUAACACGGGAAGAAGAAGAUGAACUCGUAGCAAAAUCCAACGAAAUAACCUUUAAUCUGCAAUUAUUAGAUAUGAAGUUGGAUCGUCAUAAGAAUUUAGUUCCCGUACGAUACAAAAUGCUGGUAGAGCUUUUGGAGGAAGACGAACGUCUUUCCGUUCUCUACCACCAAUAA